UAUUCCUUCUUUUCUAUUGUUUUUAAUUCUACGUUUUCGAGGACAUUUUCAGGACCAGGAAAACAGUAGUUUCUUAUCUAAAAGAGUUUUUUAAUUUCUUUUAGCUUCACAGCCCGGCAAAGGGGUUCCCAAAAUUAUGGUUUUAUGCAAAGCGCUAAGAGCAUUCGCAGUUCGACUGAAUCCAUAUCGAUUUUUUCCGGUUUUGUUUUACUUUUCGAUUUGCCAUUCAGCAGAAACCGAAAAACGAAAGAAAAAAGCACAACUCAGUUCACCGAGCUGCCGCUCUUAGCCAGAUUCAGAGAUUGAGGGAGCUGAGCGCAGUGUUUCAGUCGUGGAUUUUGAGAUUUCGAGAGUUGAAACAUUUUCCACCCAUUAGGUUUUUUUUAAGGCGCACGGCGAGAACGGCUCAGUCUCGAUUGUCAGCUUGUCGUGAAUGGUUUUUAGCACACACGCGGACCGGGACCGGAGCUAAAAGUUCGUUUAAGUUAUCUAAUGACAACAACAUCGUUUGCACAUACCUCAAUAUCGCCAUAUACACAUAUAAAGCGACAUAGCCCGCCGAUCGACGUGUGUGUGUUGAUAUUCUGUGUUGCCAGUGUGUGCUCGUCGUGGCCAGGGGUGGGAAGCGGGUUGAUCUGACUGAUUUGUUAUUUUCGCAUAAAUCAAUUUUGAGAGCGCGCGCCUUCCAUUUCCGUGCCCUGAUCUGUUCUAGAUGAUGUCGCAUGCGCUGCCGGUUCGAGUUUGUGGCCUAAGUCUUUCGUCUGCGAAUUGAGAGCGCAAGCAAGAUCGCACCUCCCAUGGCUCUGACCAAUUUCUCGCUGCCCUUCGGUGCCCUGGGUCAGCCGUGGGGAGUCACCCUAGCCCCCCUGCAUCCGAUCUACCAGCUGGCCAGCAACACAAAUAACCUGCUCUACUCGCCGGCGGACCACCAGCAGCAGAACCCGGUGGAGGGCGCAGACCCGGAGUACUUCAAGAACAAUCCCUAUGGGCCCCCGCAGUCGGGAGGUUACCAAUACCAAAGUACUGCUGGGCGCCGCAAGCAGAGUAACGCCUAUUUGCCGCCUACGGCCCCGAGUGCUGUCCGGAACUCCGUUUACCACAUUCAGCAGGUGCAGCAAACGCAACAGCAACAGCAACAGCACCAACAUCAGCAGCAGCAGCAGCAAGAUCAAAAUGAGAACAGCGUGUCCUUCCAAAGCUCCAGUUCUAGUUCAAGGUCGAGCAGCACCACCGGCCAAAGUUCCGUCCAGCUGACACAGACUCAUGGCCGGGGUCCGGCAGAGGGUUCGUACAGCCGUUAUCCCGGACAGCCAGCCCAACCUCAGCCGCAGCAGCAGCAACAAAAGCAAUUUUUUAGUGCCCAUGGCAGUGCCAGUACCACCUUUUCCAAGAACAGCGGCAGCUUUAGUAUUACCAGCUUUGGCAGCCGGGCGCAACAGGCUCCGCCCCAGCAGCAGCAGCCACAGUCCCAGCCGCAACAACCACCGCCAUCGCAGCAGCAGCAGCCACCACCCGCUCCACCGCCCCUAAGGUCUAGGCAGGCCAAACCCGAGGCUCAGCCUGCCCAGACCUACGGAGUUGCCCCGCCCGAAAACUACCCGGAACGCGCGCCGGGUUUCACAAGGGUUCAGGCGGGACAAGGAUCCAGAACUCAGGUGCAUGCCGUGCUCGACUACGACGUGGAAGAGGGCGAAGAGGAUGAAGAGGAGGACGGCGAGGAUGAAGGGCAGUACUUAGGAGGACAAGAGAAAAAUGCAGCGAAUAACAAUCAGAUGCCUACCGUGACGCCCAUCCAGGGUCCGAUCUACUUGAAGAAUGGGACGGUUCCAGUGGUGCCGCUCUUCUCCUAUCCCAAACUGAACAAUGGCUCGUUCCUACAGAUUCCGAUCUGGUGGACGGCUUUGUCGGUAGCUUUGGGAUUGGAUGUGCGGGGCGAUGUCAUCAAGGGAGUGCCAUGCAUUAAACGAUAUCAUCAGCUGUUCUGUCCCACGGCCGGCAACAGUUAUCCCAUUGAUAAGAUCGAACGUUUCAUAGACGACAACAAGGCUUUGAUGCGGCGGAUGUAUGGAGACUUCGAAAUGAACAUGGAGGGACCUGGUGUAGGGGCUGGAAGACAACAAGCCCAGGUGCGAAAGCGUCGCUUCAUAGACGAGCCGGAUAUAUUUAUUCCCCCAGGAGCAUUUGCUGCCAACUCUGGAGAGAGCAUGGAAGCCGGAGAUAGCUAUUUCGGUCAACUCCGGAAAAAACGUCAAGCUGCCGCCGGCGGAAAUCGAAAUAGGGGCGCAUCUGCGGGAGGAAGUGGCAAUGGGAACACCAGUUCCCGGCCACCGGGAAACGGGAAUGCUAGUUCUGGCACUGGAAGACUCGAUGCCUGCGAGUCAAAGAUUGAAAUUGUCACACCCUAUUGGGCAUCUAAUUCGGCGGGAAAGAUCAGGGCCAUUGUAAACACACAACAUUUUGAACAGGCCAUUCAUCAGGAGGUGUGCAGUCCAUCAUUAUUUCUAGCAAUACCCAGACGCCGCGAUGCGAGGGUGAAUGUGGGUGUGAACAGAAGUACAAAUGGCAUCGCUUACUCGCAUACGAUCCUGACAACGAUUGCAAAGGCAUUUUUAUGGAUUGGUUCCUGUUUCCUUCGUGCUGUGUCUGUAGAUGUAAUCCCUAGAUCUGACUCUGAGCAAUUAAUAAAUACACGUUUGAUAAAUGUAAUUGAGACAAGUAAUUGUAGUUAGAAUGCCACUGAAUGUAUUUUAGUUGUUUUUAAGUAGAUCUUAUUUAGGCCGUAAUCGGUAGCUCUAGUUAAGAUCGCCUCUAUAUAUAGUUAAUGUUUUAUAUGAGCCAUGUGUAUAACUUUUCGACAUGCGAUACUACUAAACCUUCAUUUGUUGUUUUAUGGUAAUUGUCAAUUUCAUUGUGUAACGAAUAAAGUCAAUGCAAAUAUUAAA